AUGUGUGCUCUGGGCACGCAAUUCGUUUGGCCUUCCACGGAUCAGAAACUGGAAUCCGAACUGGGAGAGUCGGUCGACCACCUUGGGAUGCGUAUGCAUGAGGCUGCGCAACGCUUAAGCACUUUCAUACCACCCGGUGAGGGUGGAUUGCCGCUCAUACAGCGAUUAUUUCUUGCUGGCGGGUGGUUGAAGAAUCGGGUCGAGGUCACCAGAUCGUGGCAUUUGAUAUGUUCAGCCGUCCGGGAAGCACAGGAGAUCGGUCUACAUAUCGACAGCGCGGCGCAGGAAAUCUCGACGUGUGAACGAGAAGUGAGACGGAGGAUGUGGUACAUAUUAAACAUCUGGGACACGACUUUCUCCGGCUCGUUCGGCAGACCACGCAUCAUACAAGAAUUCGGCCAAGUCCCCCCACCAAACCCCCGUUUCGAACUUGCAGACAGCGUAAGCGAGGAGACAUCUGCGGCAGCAAUCAUCAUUCGCGAGUAUCGACUCUGGGCAUUUCUGUCUGACCCUCUGAGCGAUGCGAACAGCCCGCAUGCCAAGAUUCAAUUCGUCAAUGAUUGGAUCCGUGGCCUGCCAACUGUAUACAGCACCAUCGGGAGCGGUGCGAUCGGCGACGGCGAUCUCUUUGCGAACAAGUUUCGCAGGAUCAAGUUACAUUACUUGUCGGCGGACGAGCAGCAAAUGAUGAAUCAAUCGAGCCGAACUGGAGAUCUUGGUGGUUUUGACGCGACUUUCCCGGCAGGCGAGGAAACCACGGAGGCGAAUCUUUUAGAGUCGUUCUCCCCUUUGGAGUCCAUCGAGCAGCUACUUGUCGGAGAUAACUUUGAGAUGGAAGCGACAGCUCAGGAUACAGCGGAUUUAGACUUGGGGCUGGUUGGUAUUGGUUAUAAUGGGUCAGGCAUCAUGGCCCUAGAGGAGCAGAUAAACAGUUCGCCUAUCAGAUACGACUUACAGCGGGGCAACGAAUGCUGCUGGGCGCAUUCAACUGAAGCGCGUGGCGACAGCUCUGCAGCUGUAAAACAGCACCAAAUUCAUACUGGUGGCAGGCUGAACGCUGGCGUCGAGCUGAACACUGGUGGCGGGCUGAACGCUGGUGGCGGUGGGAAUACUGGCAUCGAGCUGAACACUGGUGGCGGGCUGAACGCUGGUGGCGUGUUAUUGACCCUAAAUUCUCAUAUCAGGAUGGGCUGGGUGGUGUUGGCUGAAACCCAUGCCUGGAGUGAAACAUUUUACUGA